ACAGGAGCAAGGUGCAGAAGCCCGCCAUAGGAGGAUUUCUCAAGCACGCUCUGCAAGGACACCAGAACGCUGCAGCGAAGGCGACGAGAAUGGCGGAAGUUGUCGAAGGCGGGGCUUCUUCUCACGAUGUGCAGUCCCUCUUGUCUUCUCCGGACAGGGACUUCCUCAUCCGGAACAACGGCGAUCAGGUUAAGGUCGAUAGCUUGAAGGGGAAGAAGAUCGGCUUGUACUUCUCCGCGUCGUGGUGUGGUCCGUGCCACCGGUUCACCCCGAUUCUGGCGGAGGUGUACAAUGAACUUGCCCCAAGAGGUGACCUGGAAAUCAUUUUUAUCUCGGCAGAUGAGGAUGAGGAGGCCUUCAGUGGAUACUUUUCCAAGAUGCCAUGGCUUGCAAUACCAUUUUCCGACUCAGAGAAGCGCGAUAACUUGGAUGAAUUGUUUAAGGUCAGGGGAAUACCCCACCUUGUUGUUCUUGAUGGCACAGGUACAGUCUUAACAGAUAGUGGAGUGGAGAUCAUCCGCGAGUAUGGAGUGGAGGGUCAUCCUUUCACUCCAGAACGCAUCAAAGAGUUGAAAGACCAGGAAGAAGCUGCUAGGAGAAAUCAAUCAUUGACCUCGCUUUUGGUCAUUAAAACUCGUGACUUCGUAGUUUCGUCUGAUGGGAAGAAGGUUUCUGUUUCUGAGCUUGAAGGGAAAACUGUGGGUCUGUACUUCUCGUUGUCCACGUACAAAUCAUGCGUUGAUUUCACGCCGAAAUUACUUGAGGUUUAUAAGACAUUAAAGGCCAAAGAAAGUUUUGAGAUUGUUCAGAUACCUCUCGAUGAUGAUGAAGCAUCAUUCAACCAAUCCUUUGGAAGCAUGCCAUGGCUUUCAUUACCAUUCAAAGACAAGAAAUGUGAGAAGUUGGUUAGGUACUUUGAGCUGUCGGUCCUACCCACUCUGGUCAUUAUUGGCCAGGAUGGGAAGACUGUCCAUCCCAAUGUUGCCGAAACUGUCGAAGAGCAUGGUGUUGCGGCUUACCCAUUCACUCCAGAAAAGUUUGCAGAGCUCGCAGAGAUAGAAAAGAAAAAGGAAGAAUCUCAGACCUUGGAGUCAAUCUUGGUUUCAGGGGAUCUGGAUUUCGUCAUUGGAAAGGAAGGAACCAAGAUUCCAGUACCAGACUUGGUAGGGAAGACUGUCCUCCUGUACUUCUCGGCACACUGGUGCCCUCCUUGCCGUGCAUUCCUGCCGGUGCUUACAGAGGCAUACGAAAAGAUCAAGGCUGCCGGCAAUGCCUUGGAGGUUAUCUUCAUCUCCAGUGACAAGGACCAAACUGCCUUUGAUGAUUAUUUUGCUCAGAUGCCGUGGCUGGCGCUCCCUUUUGGUGACGAGAGGAAGAAAUCCCUGAGUCGCAAAUUCAAGGUCCGGGGCAUCCCCAUGCUUGUAGCCAUAGGUCCAACGGGCCGGACGGUGACUAACAAAGCAAGGGAUCUUAUAAUGGACCACGGGGCUGAUGCUUAUCCUUUUACUGCCGAACAUCUCAAGAAGUUUGAGGAAAAGUUCAAGGAAAGUAUAAAAGGCUGGCCAGAGAAGUUGAAGCAUCCUUUGCAUGAAGAGCACGAGCUCGUUCCGGCUCAGAGGAGACGGUACACUUGUGAUGGCUGCGAUGAAGAGGGGGAGGGGUGGUCAUAUUAUUGCGAGGAGUGUGACUUUGAUCUCCACCCAAAAUGUGCUGUUAAAGAAGAGAAAGCAACUGAAAACGAGUUAGAUGAAGACGAUGAAGCAGCUGAGGAGGAGGCAAAGAAAGAAGGAGAUGCCAAAGAAGGAUGGGUCUGUGAUGGUGAUGUCUGUCGUAGAGCCUGAAAGUUGCUUUAUAGUAGUCUCGUUAUCUAUGACUCGUUUGAAGCCGUUCUCCUCUUCUUUUUUUUCUGAGUGGAUGUUUCCGAGCUUGAUCUACGAGGGGUUUGUAUGUGAGUAAUAUGAUGUGCGUUAUGACUUCGACAGUUUGCCAUAUUAAUAAAAUGUUUAUUGUCGACAA